AUGCUCAUCUCUCUUAUUUCCGCAUCGAAUCUCGUACAGAACAAAAGCUUACAAACAACAACCAUAAUGGCAGAAUUAUUAGUCAAACACAAUUUUGUUUCGAAAAAACUGAAGUAUAAACCAUGUGCUGUUAUUAUGGGAAGAACAGGAGCUGGUAAAACAACAUUAGUGAAUGCAUUAUGUGGCACUGAUCAUAAAUCAGGUGCUGGGGCAGGAAGUGUUACACGAGAACUUUAUCGAAAUGAUGUUGUUCAUGGUCAACAUACAUUUUCAAUCAUUGAUACACCUGGAACAAAUAGUUCAUCUGAAACAUAUAAACAUGCUUUUCUAUUGAGACAAGCUUUGACAUCGGUGAAGAUUAACACAAUAUUUAUUGUAACGAAAUAUGAUUGCCGAUUUGAUACAAUGUUAGAGAAUUGUUAUGAAGUGGAAAGACCUGUAUUCGAUUACGAACAAAAGAUUGUUGUGAUCGUUUCUCAUUGGGAUCAAUCCAAAGAGCCCGAAAAAGAUUAUCCACAGAUUUGUGCUCUAUUUGAAGAUUAUUGUUCAUCGAUCAUUUUCUAUUCUGACAAAAUGCCAAUUGAUCAGCUGGUAGAGUCCAUGUAUACUUUUCUAUCAAAUAUGGUUGCAGAGCAAAUUACCAUCACGGACGAAGAAUUCUUUUUGAAGUUUAACGUCGCUGAAAUCAAACUUCAGAUCAAAGAUUCAGUCAAUCAAUAUCGGAAAAAGGCUGAUGCAGUUUUCACCGAAUAUUCGAAUUUAGUUGUUUCAGCUAAAUCCCAACCAAAAGAAGAACAAGAUGAAAUUUUACAUGUAGUUAUCGUGGAAUUUAAAAAUGAAAUGGAAAGUUUAUUGCAAACAUUCCGAAAUACUCGUGGUGGACGAAUGCAAGAAUUAGAUUAUUAUACACUUUAUAUCAAAUUAGAAGGAGAAAAUCUGAAACGUUGUGAUGAAUUUGUUGAAAAAGUCGUACCAUUAAUGUCUUACAAUCUAUUCGAUAACAAAGAUCCGAGAAAUUUGAUAAAAAGAUGUCCACACUGCGAACUAAUUUGGUUUAAAACUGAAGGAUGUGACGGGGUGACAAGUUGUGGUAAUAAAGACUUCACACAUUCCUUCAAUUCAUCUGGCAAACUUCAUUGGAAAUAUAUAUUGCAAAGAAUUGGUGGAAAGCUCCGAUUGGUGAAACAACCAGAUAUCUGGAGGGCUUCUGUGCCUAAAAAGUUUGACGAUUCGGUCUUAUGCACGCCUUAUACAAAAUCGAAAGGUGUAGGUUGUGGCAAGAUGUUCACAUGGAGUGAACUUCCAAAAGUAGAAGAUGAAUUGAUUCUUGAAUUAUUUAGAGUUAAAACUGUAGAACAAGCCAAACAAUUAAUCGAAGCUGGUCAUUUCAAAGAAGUUCGACAGAAUUAUGAAAAAUCGAUUGACACAACUUUUCAUUCUUGA